AUGCUGUAUAUGGUGAAAGACGGUCGGUUGCGAAUCUACGUGUUGGUCGAUGCGAUUGGUCAAGAGGAUCCUUGCCGUCUGUACAUGUACGAUGCCAGCGUCAAUCAUUGGACGAACGUCAGUAAAUUUCCUGUCCGAGAUGCCUGUCUGGCCGCAAUCGACGAUCGUAUCUACGUAAUGGGAGGCGACCGGGCGAUGUAUGCUUUCGACGAAGAACACCGCCGGUUGAUCGCGAAAGAGAAGGUGCCGAUACUGCUGCAUGGCAGUGCAACGGUAGCUUAUGAUGGCCGGUUGUACGUGGUUGGGGGGAUGUGCUGGCCUUCGCGCAACGCAAGUCACCGUGCAGCAACGGCGGCGUAUUGCUACGACCCAGCUCGCAACGUCUGGGAGAAGCUGGCGCCGAUGCCGACGGGGCGCUUUGGUUGUCGGGCAUGUGUUGGCCCAGACGGGCUCAUCUAUGUUGUUGGUGGUUGUAACAUUAACCAUGACAAUGUCAGCUGUGUGGAGGCAUACAACGUCCAGACAAAUCAAUGGCAUUCCAAGCGGUCUAUGCAUGUUCGAAGAUGGGGCACUGGGCUUGUGCGACUGGAAGACAAGCUGUACGCUGUGGCUGGUUGGAGUGGAAUUUCGGACGGUCCUAAGAGAACCGAGUGCUACGACACCGAAACGGAUAGCUGGUCGCGAUGUGAGCCGUCAUUUCCUUGGCAGUGUAGCAUGGAUUGUGCUGUGAUACAGCGGCACAUCGCCUGGAAGAACAUGCAACGGCCCAGUGCCGACUUCGAUGGCUUAUGA